CUUUGGCAAUAGAAAAUAACAACCUCCUCCUUCACCUCUCUCUCUCUCUCUCUCUCUCUCUCUCUCUCUCUCUCUCAAAUACCAAAAAAAUGGAAAUCACUGUUGAAAUGAUCAAGGAAUCGCUCAAAGACCCUUACUACCAUUACAACGGCUAUACCAUCCACGUCGAGAACCACCGCAUCCUCACCGUCAUCUCCGGCUGCGACCUCACUGUCAGCAAGUGGAUCAAACAUGUCUCCAAAACCAACAACGACUCUGCUUCCUCCUCCUCCAAGAAAUCUCUCAUUGUCGGUGUCUCCACCGAUAAGCAGUACAUUUCCGGCAGUAAAGGCUCCGAGAAUUACUGUCCGUACAACAUCUUACCGCGCUGCGUCGGCUCUCACUGUCUCAUCUACCACCUCCCGCACCCUGAGUGUUACCACACCUGUAAGUCUCUCCGAGACUUCUUCUCCAAUCCUAAAGUCAUAGCUGUAGGUGUUAGCAUAAAGCCGGUGGCUAAACAGUUAGAGAAGGAGUUUGAGAUUAAGUUUGAGAAAGUGAUAGAUGUCCAUGAGCUAGCUGUGAAGAAGAUAGGGCAAGAGUUGUUAGAUCUGAAUGUGAGCAAGUUUGACUUGGAUAAUAUGGCUAAGGCUUUGCUAGGAAAACACAUGGAUGUUGUGAGGCCUGAGGAGAAAGCGGAGUGGUUUACUAAGACUGGUGAGAAGGUGAAGUUAGCAACUGUGGAUGCUUAUCUCUGUUUUUUGAUGGGUUGGGAGCUGUUAUAUGAUGCGGAUGAGUGUAAGCGCAAUGUUUCUCUUGCCUUAAAGCAGAAGAUGAAGAAGGAGAGUAAGCAUCUGAAGAAUCAUAGGAAAAAGAAGAUCAAGAUAUUGUUUAAGAGAUCAAGGAUGAAUUUCAGGGAUGAUAUGGUUUGGUAGUUAGUAAAGACUUACUUAGUCUCUGUCUGGCUAGCUAUUAAGAGGCUAGUAUUAGGAGUUGCUGCUCGCUUUAGUUUUGGUUACUACUUAAUUUUACUAGCAGCAGCAGCGGUGUUGAGUAGUGGUGGAAUAUUCUGGACAUGUACGUGGAUGACUGAUUAUUGACACGUGGAAAGAAGUAGAGCAAAAAUUUGAAAGUGCACGGGAAGAGGAAAUUCCAAGUAGAUGGCGAAGGCACCACCACCACCCAAAGGCAAAUAUGUUCCAAUUUGAAACAAGGCAGGCUUCUCCAUUUCACCAGCUUCUCGAAAUCAAUUAAUUAGGUUAAACCAAAUAAAAGCACCAAUUGAAAACAUUAUACGUUAUAUAUUAUAAAAAAACUUGGGGGGAAA